AUGGUGGGAGUUAUGACUAGCAAAGGAUGCCGCAUGUGUGUGAGCCGUAGGAUCAAGUGUGACGAAGCUCGCCCACGUUGCCUGCGGUGCGUAAAGAAAGGCUGUGAAUGCCCAGGCUAUGAUCGCCGCUUCAAAUUUCGCGACCAGACGCAAGCCCUAAUGCAGCAAUACGGCCGGGAAUAUACAGGACGUGACAAUCGAGCUUCCCAGCAAAGGCCAAAGCAAAAACAGACUAAUUCGUCAGAACCUCCAAGGCUCAUUAUCGAUCAGAUCUCCGCUCCCAGUUUGACAUACGCAGCGCUGGAUAUCCAAACAAAAGAAUCGUUCAAUGACUUCCUGGGAUAUUACUUUCCUUCGUAUGCCGCCUGGUCAUUCCAACUCGAGGUUAAUUGGAUGGAUUUCAUACGAAGUCAGGGGCUUAGCUGCCCUCAAGCGUUAAUCUGGGCGAUCCGCGCGCUGAAUACCUUCCAUAUGGGAGUCAUGCGAGGAAACGAAGGCGCUAUAAUCAGUGGUAGGCACAUGUAUGGCCGAGGAAUAAAGCAUUUGGCGUACCUCUUGCAGACGCCCUCUGCGCUCAAGGAUGAGACACUAGCAGCCGCUAUUUUACUCGGAGGAUACGAAAUGUUGGAUGAGAGCUGCCAGAAUUCCUGGAUACUUCACUGCGGUGGCAUCCGUCACCUUAUGCGUGCCCGUGGACCGGCUGCGCAUAAACGUGGAAUCGGUCAGACUCUCAUGCUAUCCUUUCGAAACUUCCUAGUUGCCGAAGCAUUCAGACAGGGGGAAUCCUGCUUCCUCGGGACCCCUGAAUGGACAUCAGACCUCGAUCAAAGCGGUAGCAUAGGAAGUGAGAGAGGACAAUAUAUCUCUGUGUUUCAGAACAUGGACUCUGCAUUUAACGAAACUGUUAAAUGUCCUGGCUACUAUGCAGCUAUACGAGCGAUUAUCGAAUCAGAGGAAGGCACCGAGCUUUCCAAACUGGACCGUCUGGUUGGGGAUAUGAUGGGAACCAAGGGGCGCCUAAUCCGGCUCCACUCACGGAUUUCCCCUGACUUGGAGGAGGUUGUAGCGGUCCCAGAUUCCAAUAUAGCUACUACUUAUGUAUCGCGGGGUUGCAUGGCAGAAUUAAAACUGGAUGGCACGGUCGAGGAUGGUUUAAAGAAGUUCUCUGCGGCAAUGGGAAUUCCGAACAAAAUUACUGUUUCCCUGCGGCGUGGUGUUGGGGAGUGGCCUUAA